AUGGGCAAGUAUGCAAAAUACAUAAAAGCAUACAAUCCUGAUUGGGAACAGUUGUCUUGUUUUUCUGGAUGGCUUCAAAGAGCAUCCGAUUUUGAUAGCGAUAGAGGUGAAGCUUAUUGCAAGUUAUGCAAAACUGCAUUAAGAGCACAUAAAACCGACCUGAUGAAACAUUCUAAAACGAAAAUACACACUCAAAAAGCCAACAGUUUGAAUGUUAAAAAACAACCAGCAUUGACGAGUUUUGGUAUGCACAUAAAAUCAAAUGAUGAUAAAAUCAGGGGUUUAAAAUUAGCCAUGUUUAUUGCCAAUCACUCUGCGAUCCGUUCAAUGGAUCACUUGGGUGAACUUCUGAAAACUUUUGGCGAUUCAAAAAAUCCAUUUUCUAAUAUUGAAUUACAUCGAACUAAAUGUUCGAUGAUUAUUGUAAAUGUUAUUGCGCCAGCUUAUCUGAAUGAGUUAGUAGAAGAUAUCAAAGACAGUCCUUACUCAAUUAUUCUUGAUGAAUCUACUGACAUUUGA